AAUAUUUUGGCAGACAAAAGCGUAGAGGAGGCGCCACUGUUAAUGACUUCAAUGACUUCAUUCACACCAACGGGAGCCGCAGCAGUAGCACCCUCAACAUCCCACAAAUUCUGAAGCCCCAGAGAGGAGCAACAUGCGGCGGCAAAACUUCAGUUCAAUUAUGCGCACAAUCAAAGCAACUUAAUUAGCCGCCGGCUGUCACAAGAGUCCUCCAGCAAGCAGAGAGAAGGAUUGACAGACUGAGUGAAGUUGAAUGAGAAAUUGUAGAAGGAAACCACAAUUCCAGUGCAAACUAACAGAAAGCGAGAAGGGGAUAUGCAAAUGAGCCAAAUCACGGCGGCUCAUAGGCAAUGCGGAUUACAACAUGACACAGCGGACGAGCAGCAGAGUUGCAAAUCAUUUGAUUUGAUUGGAGUCCCCGCCACAGUCCUUCCCAUGAUAGGAGCAAACAAUAUCCCAAUGGGGAGGCUCCAGCUCAUCCUACUCCUGGGUCUGCUCUGCCUCUGCCUCAACCUGGAGAGUUGUCAGGCCGAGUGCCGGGUUGAGCCGGCCCGUGACUGUGAAUCCAUUUGCGAUGCCAGUGGGAAAAAUUGCACUAUUCGCGCUUUGGUCCUGCUGCCGGAUGACAACAUGUACCAGGCCUCAUUGCCGCGAGUGCUGCCCAUUUUAAAGGUGGCCGAGCAGCAGAUACGCUCCAAGGCACUGAUUCCCCCGCACAUUGACUUUGAGUGGCUGGCCCACGACACCAAGUGCGAUGCCUCGCUGGGCGUGAUCAAGGCCAUGGAUGGAAUCAUCAAACAGUGUGCGCAGGUGAUCUUUGGCCCCGUUUGUGACUACUCCUUGGCUGCUGUCAGCCGAAUUACCAAAUAUUUCAACAGCCAGGGAACACCUCUGAUCUCUGUGGGGGGAUCUACUUAUGACUUUGAGCAGAAGAAAACCGAUUGCAACGACGAGUUCUAUAUGCUACUGCGUACUGGAAUGGUCAGCUUUGAGACCAUCUCUGAGUUGACUAUAAAUGUAAUGAAGCGCCACAACUGGUCCCAUUCCAUCUUCUACUACGAACGCGAUGGCCAGCGGAGUGUGGCUGGGAUGCACACCUGUUUCCUCAUGAUGAAAUCCCUGGGCAAGCAGAUGCGCAACGAGAACAUGACAUUCGCACAGUUUCCACUAGAGCCCAAUUUGAAAAAUCGCACUGAGGAAAUGCGCCGGGAAAUUGGCAACAAACAUUCAAGUGAGUAA